AUGGCUCAGGUCAUUCGGAGUCUAUCCAGUCGGCCAUCUGUCUCCUUCCAGACUCUCUCUGACCUGCAUUUGGAGGUCAACCAGCAGUACCUCACGUUCGAAGUGCCUGUCGCCUCAAAAUACCUGUUACUAGCUGGGGAUAUUGGUCUUUUACUUAUCCUUGGUAACCACGAGUUCUACGGAGGAUCUUUCGAGUCAGUACUCGAGACUGCAAGAUGUCUUGAACGGGAGCCAUGCUUGAACGGGCGACUCAUUUUGCUCCACAAGCGACGAUAUGAUAUCCCGGACUCCAACGUCACCGUACUAGGAUGUACCCUUUGGUCUCACAUCCCAGAAUCAUCCAAAGAUAUCGUCCAUUGCAAAAUCCAAGGCUUCCAGAAAAUCGAGGACUGGACUGUUGAUAAACACAACGCGGCACAUCAAUCCAAUUGGUCUUGGUUACGCGAUGAGAUCCAAUCAAUACAAAACCAGCACAAAGCCAGUCCUUCGAAAGACUCUAAACGGUCAAUCCUGAUUGCGACGCACCAUGCGCCCUCUAUGCACCGUACAUCGAGCCCAGGUCAUGCGCAAAAUCCUUGGAGCGCUGCAUUUGGCACCGAUCUUUUGUCUCAACCCUGGAAUGGUGUGCGUACCUGGGAGUUUGGACAUACGCAUUACUCAACAGAAUUCAAGGAGGGUGGAAUCCGAAUUGUGAGUAAUCAACGAGGUUAUGUACUCCCAUGGACCGAUGAGCCCAAAGGAUUCGAUGCAAAGAAGGUGAUUUGGCUAUGA